AUGGACGAACAGGCAAAUAACCCCGCCACUGGCUGGGGCCAAAUGGGCCCAGACGAAAAUAGUGGAAUGCUCGCCCUGUCCGUACUCCCCGACUACGUGGAUCUCGGACGCGCAUACUGGGACAGCUUGAACAAGAUCCACCUCACACCCCGCGCGAUUCUCGAGUUCAAAAUCCGAGUAGAGACCUUCCGGCAGCUCAAAGAGCUCGCUGGAGAAGAACUACCUGAGAUAGAGGUGCCGACGGUGGAGGGGCGGAUGGCGACAGACGUGAAAGUAUUUGCCAGACGUGGCGGUCCUGAUCUAAGCAGCUUUCGCGGGUUGACACUUCGGAGAGAGGCAAAUGAAAACAAGGGCGAACAGAUCAUCGGCCCCCCAAUCACCCGAGUCACCGCUUACGAUGCAAACUUCGAAGUCUUCAUGGACAACCACGGCUGCGCCGUGGCCGAAGUAGAAGAUCCCCGGCCCAAGAACAUUGACGAGUUGACUGCUGUGGUCAACAGGCGACGAGACUCCGUCGCGCAAAGUACAUCUAAGGACUAUAUGACCUUCAUAGAGAAGGCCCGCGAGGAGCAUGAGAUCGAAAGAUUUGACGAUGUCUUGCUGGCCAUCUACCGCCACAAAAACAACAUGAUGCGCGGACCGGACAUGGAAACCCGAUGCCAUGAGCAGCUGGAAGACCUGGAGCGGCUCAACGAGUGUCUCAUCCGUGCAAGUCCCGACAUGUACGACGGGGCCAAGGAGAGUACGCUCAACGCCGAGAUCCUCCACAAGCUGCGGCCGGUCCUCCAGACCGAAAAAGACGGGGGCCCGAUUCUUCCGAAUUUCUUCUUCGACUGCACCGAGGCAGAGGGGAGACAAUCCGUCGGGAAGCUCCAGGCGCUACACUCUGGGGUCUAUGGUGCACGAGCGUUCCAUCGUCUGCAGUGCUUUCUCCAAGGCGAGGAAGCGGCCCCUAUUUACGAUGGGAACGCAUACACGAUCGCGGUCGUGAUGGUAGGUUAUCAUUUGUGCUUUUAUUGCAUCGCUCCUUGUCCCCCGACAAGCCCAACCCGACAGACGGACUAUAAGAUGUGGUUGUUUCGUGAGAUCAACAUGAAACGCGGCUACAAACCCUUCCUGACAGCUCUCGCUGCGUUCAAGAACUGUCGGGAAUGGGCCCAUCAGCAGCGCAAUCGGUUGAUCAGCGAGGCAAACGACGCCGGGAGAAGGAAAAGGAAGCACUCUGAGGAUGAUUCACAGGGUUCGCAGGACAAGGUCAGGCGUGUCUGACCACGUACUGAGGGGAAAGG